AUGAUUUCCCUCUGGAUCGAUCUCCACGCGGCUCUCCCGGUCCUUCCUCAGGGUUUCGUGGCAAUCGACGAAAAGAGUACAACCGACCCCCUUCGCCAUCGGGUGAUUGGAACGUGCCCCCAUCUGGCUCUUUGGAUAGAGAGGCUCACCCGCGGAGAGACGAGUCACCAUUUGCACCUCCAUCGAAACGCCAAAGAACCCGAAGUCCCUCACCACGUGGCCCCCGAUCCCCUUUUUCCUAUUCUCGCCCCAAGCACGGUCAGCACGGAGAGAGACGCGAUAGAAGUCCUUCGUUCAAGAAACGUGGCCGCGGCCGUGGUGCUCCCCGACGAAGAUCCCCUCGACGGGGGCGCGACCGCCGAGGCGGCCCACGCCCUGAUAUUGGACGUCGAGGAAGAUCCAGAUCACCCGUUCGAGGUAGGGGAUUUCAUCCAUCGCCUGACCGACGAUCUCGUACCCCAAGUGGCGACGGCUACAGCGACGUUGACUCCCGAUACCGGUCUUUAUCCCGACACUCUGCGCGAUCUGCCAACUCGAGGCUAUCUGCAUCACCCCACGAUCAAAGACGGGACUCAGCCUUGA